CAAACCCAUCCGAAUUCGAUUCGAGUGAAUGAAUGUGGUGGCAAGUGAGCGCCAUUCUGGAAACCCUUAUUUAACCCACCGCAAUUGAUUUUGUCCUUCGCUUAGAGGGUUUUACCGGAAAACUCGAAAGUGCUUAACUGCUCGUUUUGAAACAAGAAGCGUAGAAUGCCGAAAAGGUUCGGAAAGCGAAAGGAAAACGACGGCUCUGCGUCUGAAGGCGAUGACCAUCCUAAGAAGGUUACAAAGACCAACGGUUCUGAUGAAUCCGACGACACCGUGGUGUGCGAGAUUUCGAAGAACCGCAGGGUUUCUGUGAGGAACUGGCAGGGGAAGGCUGUAGUUGACAUCCGCGAGUUCUAUUUGAAAGACGGAAAGCAGCUGCCAGGAAAAAAAGGCAUUUCAUUAACCAAGGAUCAGUACCCCAUUUGUUGCAGUGGAAUGUACUUCGUGAACAUGUGGAAGAAAUUGACAAGGCGAUGACAAAAGGAUGACAAAACAAUAUCAGUAGCAAGUUGUUCAUUAUUUAUUGCUGAUGAAAAAAAGAAGGAAAUCAAUCUUAUUGCAGGAAUGGAAAAAAAUUAGGCAUUUCAUAUGGGUGGAAUGAUGUAAGUUGUUGCAUUUUGACUACAGUAUGUGGGUGGGAGCCCCUUAAACCCAGUAGUAUCUCUUUUUGUUCAGCAAUGUAAGUCAUUCUAGUAUCCUGCUGUCGUCAUGUCCUUGUUUUUGUGGUUUGAUAUGGUAUCUGCAAGCCUGCAAUCCGAAUGGUUGAAAUUUACUUUUGCGGUUUGGCCAAAAUGAUCUGUGUAGCAUUUCGUAAACUGUGUUUUUUGGGCAAUUGUGGGUUGGUUAGCA